GUCACCCUCUUCUCGUCUCGGACUUCAGAUUAUCUCCCCAUCAUCCUGCCGCUGAGAUGUCGACUCCAGAAGCAGCUCAAGGAGCCUCAGAGGGUGAGGGGGGGGCCCCGGCCGCGGCCCCAAACCUCACCAGCAACAGACGACUGCAGCAGACGCAGGCGCAGGUGGACGAGGUGGUGGACAUCAUGCGCGUGAACGUGGACAAAGUCCUGGAGAGGGACCAGAAGCUGUCGGAGCUGGACGACCGGGCCGACGCCCUGCAGGCCGGAGCCUCGCAGUUCGAGAGCAGCGCCGCCAAACUCAAGAACAAGUACUGGUGGAAAAACUGCAAGCUUUUGGGGAAGAAGCUAUCCCUGAGUCUGUUUGUUCUGGCCCGUAUUGACCUGAAGCGCCUGCCUGAGGGCAACAGGUUGUAG